CCGGCGCGCUUGCGCGCUGCGCGGCCGGCUCCCAGCUCAGCGCAAGAUGGCGGCGGGCGCCUCGGACCCCCUGGAAGAGAUGCUGCUCUUCUCCGAGGAGGUGGACGAGAAGGCGGUCAGCGACCUGGUGGGCUCCUUGGAAUCGCAGCUGGCCGGCGGCCGGGGCUCCGCCGAGGCGCCCCAGCCCAGGACCUCCGCCCCGUCCCAGCAGCAGCAGCAGCCGCAGCAGCAGCAGCAGCAGCACCAGGGGAGCCUAGCGGGGGGCAGCAGCCCCGUCCGGCAGCAGCAAGGGCAUCCCGCGCCUCCUCCCGCUCCCGGGGCAGAGGAGGCGGCGGGGUGCCCCGGAGCCGCGGAGAGCCGAGCCCCUGCCCAGGGGCCGCUCCCGUCCCCCCCGGCGGCGGCAGCGGCGGCGGCGGCAGCGGCGGCGGCAGGGAGGGGAGUGAGUGUAAACAGUAGUAGUGUGCAGCAAUCACAUGGAGCGGCUCUCCUCGGCGGCGGCGGCGGCGGUAGCCCCGCCGCGCCCGCCGCCCCUGCCCCGCCGCAGCCCGCUGCCCCCCCGCCCGCCGGCGCCCCUGCCCAGCCUGUCAACAACCAUGUGGCUGCCGGCGCCGCUGCCCGGGACGCGGGGAGCCCCAGCCCCGGCGGCAGCCCGCCCGCCGCCGACAGCGCGCCGCCGCAGCGCGCCCAGACGGCGGCCGCCGCGGGGGGGAGCGGGACCCCGGCGGGGGGCGGCGGGCCGGCGGGAGCGGCGGAGGGCGCCGCCGCCGCCACCGCGCCGCUCCCCGGCGAGGCGGCGCCCAACGGGGAGGGCGCCGGGGGCCGGCCGGCGGCAGUCCCACCAGUCAGCAGCCACGGCAGAGCCGACGCCGCCACAGCACAGACCAAGCCCGCGCACGGCCCGCUCCCCGCAGUAAACGCACUCAGUAACUCCGCCAGCCCCGCGGCCGUCCCGCCGGGACAGGGCUCGGUCGCCAACUGCGCCCCGCCGGCCCCCGCCGCCGCGGCCCCCGCCGCCGCGCCCAAGCCGGCGGUCAGCGCCGCGGGCGUCGCCAAGGCGGGCGCUGCCCUCCCCGUCGCCCCCGCCGCCCCCCAGGCCCUGUCGCCCAGGCCGGCGCUGGGCGCUGCCCCCAGGAUCGUGGCCCCCCAGCUGAUCGUGAGGCCGCCUCAGCAGACCACCAUCCAGCUGCCCCCCGGCUUCACUAUCCCGCCCGGUAUGGUAUUGGUGCGCACGGAUGCUGGACAGCUUGUAAUGGUGCCUCAGCAGGCUCUAGCACAGGCUCAAAUGCAGGCUCAAGUACAAACACAGGGACAGGGUCCUGCCAGCAUUUCGCCUAGACUUUCAGUGCCCACAACUGGCCCUGUUUUUCGCCUAUCAACAGCUCAGCAACCAACUUCUGUAGCCACAUCUACUGUUCGCCUAGGACUUCCAGUGCAAGCCAAAGUUGUUCAAUCAACUGCUACACCUGUCAGUGCUACGUCCACUGCAACUCUGCCAGGAGGCUCUAUUCUUUCACAUACCACAGUAUCAGUAGCUACAACAAGCACUCAAAAUUUAUUCAAGACAACAGUAGCAACUGGAACAUCAGCCUCUCAACAACCUGCAGUAAUUACUGGUGGACAUACUCAGGCUUCAGCACAAAACCAGGGUCAGCCUCGGCUGCCACUUCCACCUCAUACAACAGCACAAGUACCAGCACAGCCCCAGGUCAUACCAAGCUCUCCUGUACCUGGAACUACAGUUGUGUCACAGGAAAUGCAAGAGAACGUGAAAAAAUGCAAAAACUUUUUAGCUACCCUUAUAAAACUUGCUUCUCAUAAUUCACCAUCUCCAGAAACAUCUCGUAAUGUGAAAGCUCUGGUUCAAGAUUUGCUGGAUGCAAAGAUUGAUCCAGAAGAAUUUACAGGCCGCCUUCAGUCGGAACUCAAAUCAUCUCCUCAGCCAUAUCUUGUACCUUUCCUUAAGAAAAGUCUGCCUGCAUUGAGACAAUCUUUACUGAAUAGUCAACAUUCAGUUUUGCAAGGACAGCCGUCUCAGCAGUCACUUCAACAAACCAAGCUAUCACAAGUUAUACCUCAAUCUGCCUCUGGAAGCAUUUCCUCUGUUGUCACAACGCAGACAAUAGGAAUAAGGCAACCAAACAACAUUUGCACAGUCUCUGUAUCAAAUACAGUGCAGCCUCCUCAGGUUAAGGUGGUACAGUCAAAUCAGAGUUCUCAACUGCAGAUUAUCCAGUCAACAUCUGCUCAAACUGUGAAACGAAACCCUGCUUGCCAGACUACCCAGAUUAGGAUGCCAGUGGUAAUAACUCAGACCAUUAGACCACAAGGCACAGUAGGGAAGGCACCAACAAUACAAGCCAGCAAAAGUCCUGGGGGCUUUGGUGUUCAGGUCUCUGCAAAUCAGAAAAACAAGCUGAAUGACCCUGGAGGUGGUUCUUUCAGAGAUGAUGAUGACAUCAAUGAUGUUGCCUCUAUGGCUGGCGUUAAUCUUAAUGAAGAAAGUGCCCGAAUUAUGGCUACCAACUCUGACUUGGUUGGAACCCAGAUACAGUCCUGUAAAGAUGAACCCUUUCUUGCUGCUAUACCGCUACAUAAACGCAUACUUGAAAUGGCUAAAAAACUAGGAAUUACUGAUGUGCCAGCUGAGGUGGUUACUUUUAUUUCCCACGCAACACAAAACAGAUUAAGAACAGUGAUAGAAAAAGUAACAGUGAUAACCCAGCACCGAAUGGAAUCGUACAAAGAUGAUGAAUGGUAUGAACAAGCUACAGAUGUCCGAUCACAGUUAAAGUUUUUUGAACAGUUGGAGCGUUUAGAAAAGCAAAGGAAGGAUGAACAAGAGAGGGAAAUCUUGCUAAAGGCUGCCAAGAGUCGCUCAAGGCAAGAAGACCCAGAGCAAGCUAGACUGAAACAAAAAGCAAAGGAGAUGCAGCAGCAAGAACUUGCACAAAUGAGGCAGAGGGAUGCCAAUCUAACUGCAUUGGCAGCUAUUGGUCCCCGGAAGAAACGGAAGCUUGAUUCACCUGGACUGCUUACCAUAGGAGGAGAGGGUCUCGGUAUGUCUGGUGGAAGUCAGGCUGGCUUGGGGACUCCUUCAUCCAGGCAGUAUGCACGACAGAAAAUAACGCGCGUAAACCUCAGGGACUUCAUCUUCUACAUGGAACAGGAAAGAGAAACGAGCCAUUCUCUCCUGCUCUAUCGAGCUCUGCUUAAAUAAAGCCAAGAAUUGUACUGAUUUCUCCAUACAGAAGCUCAACUUGCAUUGAAAAGCUGUCAUUUUAAUGUGCCUUCUAUUUUUUUCAGAAGUCAAUGUUUCAGUAAUUUUGUUUUGUAAAAUUGUCAGACACAUGCAAUAAAUUCCCUUUAUGUAAAAAAAAAAAAAAAUCACAAAAACAGAAAAAAAAAAUGUGCAAAAGGUUUCAAAAUGUUAAAUCCACAGACACAACCAACAUCAAAGUCUUGCUCCAUUUGGCCAUUUUAGAUGAGGCUGAAGUAGAUGGCGUGGAAGUUACACAAGUGGAAAGACUGCUGCAAUGGCUCACGUAAACUAUCUCACGGCAAGGAGGAUUGGGACAGGUUCACGGGAUUGGGACCUAACCAUGGUGUUAACCUGUACGUUCACUUACGGUGCUGGUUUUGUUUUCUUCUUUGUUUUACUAGCACUGUUUCCACUGACUAACCAUUGUGAUACCUGUUGUUAUUUUAGAUUAGUUAUAUUGCAGUUUUUUGCACAGCUAAGAGAAUCGCCACUCCACACUCUCACAAAUUUUAUAUAUUUAGGAUUUCUGCUUUUACUGCACAGCUCAUUUCCCGAGCCAUUUGCUGAACCAAAUCCUAAGUGUAUGAAAUCUGUGCGUUUGGGUCCCAGCUGAGUUACCUUGACUAGCUUCCAGUUGUUUUUCUAAAUCUCUUCAACCUUUUGCACAUUUGUAGCAACUGGUUAGUAACAUGAAUCAAAGUUGGGGUUUAUUUUCUAAAAAAUAUCUUAAUUUAUUUAUUGCAAAGAGUAUGGUUUAAUGGUGGUUUUAAAAGAGAGUAUUGUUCAGUAAAGAUUUUAGAGUAUUCUAUAUGGAUUUUUAAAGGCGCUGUGAAGGGAUUUGGGGGGGCCGGUUCCGCUCUUAGGAGAACGACGGGAGCAGGGGUGAGCGAGCCCUGGCAGCCCGGCGCCGCCGGGCGGUCAGGGCAGCGCCGCAGGGACCGGCGAUGCCUUUGCCUUGGACGAUUGGACCCGGGGACUCCAGUCCGGAGAGGCUCAUGAACAAGCGCAUGACUUUAAGCAUAAUGAGUAGUUCUAAGUACUUAAAGGUGGGAUGAAUGCUUUUUAAAUGCUUUGCUGAAUUGGAAUUUAAGGGGCCCACACCAAAGCCAAGCGAAGUUAGUGUGAGUCUUUUAAAUGGGUAUCGGAUAGGAAUAUUAAGCAGGCAGGUGGGCACAAGUUGUACUUCAAACGUAACAGUAUUAUCAGUAACCGUGGAAGGGAGACAUUUGCUUAUUUAUCUUUUCAAUUUUUACUAUGUUACGCUUGCCACUUUUUUGAGGCAAUAUUUUUUUUUUUGAUGGGAAACCAUAGCGAAAGCACAAAUAGAACUAUUUGUCCAAUAGUUUUAAAAACAAAAGUUUUAAUUAUUUUUUAAGGUUUAUGAAAAGCAGAAGAAAAUUUAUACUGCUGCUAUUUAGCCAAAAGAUUAUUCAUAAGGUAUUUAAGGCCAGGAAGUGUAAAAUUAUGUUUUAAAUGUAUUGAUAAUUUGUACAUAUUGUUUAUAAAGGCCUUGUGUUUAUUAGAAUUACGUUAUUUUGAUGAUUUCUGUACAUACUCGUAAAUACCCCCAAUUUGUGUGAAAACAUACUCCCUUAUUUGUACUUAUUUUGUAAAGAAAUAAAACAAUUUACUAAAGUAACA